CCCGCCUUCGCCUCCGCUUUGAGUCGGAGUCCGCGCCCCCCAGCUCAGCGACCCGGCCCAGUGACGGCCCAGCGCAGCGUAUCCCGCCCAGCGCCCCGCCCCCGCCCACAACCGCCGCCUUCCCGGCACGUGCCAGCCCGUAUACGAAAGGCGUCAAUCCACGCCUCAUUUGGCACGCAUCGUUCCCUCCCUGCGGGAGCGCUUCACGUCUUCCUCCCUUCCUCCGCCGCCUGCCUUCCUCCCGCUAUCGCGCUCCCAGCCUAUCCAUCAUGACCGACCACAAUCCAGACGGCGACGACCACCAGGGCUCUCCGCCCCAAUCGGCGGACGUCGUCCAGCCUCAGAUGACCAUGCACCCAAUCACCUACUCCUCCAUGCCCAUGCACAUGUAUCCCUUCCCGCCGGGCGUCCUCCCCGCCGCCGCACCCCGCACCAAGCGCAGGCAGGUCAAGAACGCCUGCACAAACUGCCAGAAGGCCUGCAAGAAGUGCGACGAUGCCCGCCCCUGCCUCCGCUGCGUCAAGUACGGCAUCGCCGAGGAGUGCAUCGACUCCCAGCGCAAGGAACGCCAGAAAGGGGUCAAGCGGGGGCCAUACAAGAAGCGUGAUGGAAAGUCCAACAGCGUCGACGAAACGAUCGACGCCAACGGUCAGCCGGGUAUGGUCAUCCCGCCGGCCGUUGCUGCUACGAGCGCGACGCCUCCCAUCCCGUACGUAGCACCUUACGCGCCGUUCUACGGCCAAUACCCGACCCACCUGCACAAGCCCGGUGAGGGACCCGUCUAUGUCCCGCAGCUUGUAUACGCCCCUCUUCCUCCGCCGCAUCCUCAGCCGAUGCCUGGCCACGGCGGCCAGGAAGGAGAGGCUCCCGGAUACCCUCCUCCGCCAUACUAUCCCAUCUUUACGCCGUAUCCGCCACAGUACGCCACGCCGUACAUGGUCCCUGCGCCUCGUCCACCUGAGGGUCAGCCCAUCCCGGUCCCUGGAAUGCACCCCGGACAUCACUAUCAGCCGUAUCCGCCGCCUCACAUGUACCAGAAGCCGCCAUCCAGGGGACCGGACAUGCAUGUUGCCGCGCAACAUCCUAUGGUGGACCCUCGCCGGGACAUGCGCUAUGACGGUAGGAUGCCGGAGGCGCUGCAUCAUGGCCACGGCAAGUGAGGGGAGGACGUUGUGAUAUCUUAACGUGUCGAUAUGCUCUCAUCUAUGCUGCUGCUCAGGUCUCGCUUUCGUAUUGCCCGUCGUCGCGUGAGCAUGUAAGAUAGGAUAUGGCUACCUCGUCGUUGCUGUACUGUAGUGUAGUCGUCGGGUCGUCGCGCUGCUUGGAUAUUUCUUGGUCUGUCAAUCUGUGUCGUAAC